AUGCAAAAAGGAAGAGACAUUGCUGGAGCAAAUGCUUUAAUACAUCCCGUUAUUACUCCGAGGUUUAUACCGACAUGUUCGAUAAAUUUACUUUCUCAAUUAGGACAAUUAGCGAAGAAAUACGAUGUUCACGUACAAUCACACAUUGCAGAAACAGCAGAUCAGGUUGCAUUCGUACAUGAUCUUUAUCCAAGUAUUGGUAACGGGCGAGACGUAGCUAUAUUUCGCGAAACUGGCCUCUUGACAAACAAAGCAGUUUUUGCUCAUGGAGUUUAUUUAGCAGACAACGAAGUUGACGAAAUGGUUAUAAGUGGAAGCGCGGUAGCCAGUUGUCCAGUUGCGAACUUUCUUUUCUCCAAGGGAGUCACGGCAAUAGAACAUCUUAAAAGAAGAGGAUUAAAGAUUGGUUUGGGAACGGAUAUUGGAGGAGGAUAUUCAAGCAACAUGCUUCCUGUUGUGCGUGCUGCUGUUUUGGCAAACAGAACGAUGGAUUUUGUCUCGUUUGAUCGUUCAAAUGCUAUAUUACCAAUUUUUCCGGAGCAUAAAGAUGCUAUUAUCGAUUUUAAAUUUGCUUUCUAUUUGGCCACUCUUGGAGGUGCACAGGCUUUGAAUAUUGAUUCACAAAUUGGAAGUUUUGAAGUAGGAAAGCAAUUUGAUGCAUUACUUAUAGAUUGUAACAAGGAAAAUCAAGCGUUUGAUUAUUGGAAAGAGGAUGAAAUGAGCAUUAUAUUUGAGAAAUGGGUGAAUUCCGGAGAUGAUAGAAAUAUUACUGGGGUUUGGAUUCAGGGAGUAAAAGUAGGAUAUACUUAG